CAUCCGUAGCCGGCACUAAUUGGCCCCCGUCGUUUGUUUUCCAAGGCAGAGGACUUCGGUGACAGUUCGCAAAACUCAAUCCAAGGUUGGUUGGCUGCACCCCGUCACCUAACGAGGCGUAGCCCGCUGAUGUCUUUGCCAUCAUGUCGGACAAAAGCGAGCUGAAAGCGGAGCUUGAAAGGAAGAAGCAGCGGUUGGCACAGAUCAGAGAGGAGAAAAAGCAAAGGGAAGAGGAACGGAGGAGGAAAGAGGCAGACCAGAAGAAAGAGACCAUUCCUCAUCAGGAGGAGUCUGACCUGGAGAAAAAGAGGCAUGAAGCUGCGGCACUCCUGCAGAGCAUGGGCAUAACCCCAGAUGUUCCAGUAGUCCCUCCUCCCAUGUCUCCGACUUCCAAAUCGGCGGGCACACCAAGCGAGGCAGGGAGCCAAGACUCUGAUGGCGCCGUGGGACCAAGGCGUAGCCCCCUGAAGCUGGGAAUGACCAAGAUCACCCAAGUCGACUUCCCUCCGCGUGAAACUGUGGCUUAUACCAAAGAGACCCAGACUCCUGUUAUGACCCAGCAAAAAGAAGAGGACGAAGAAGAGGAGGAAAUUGUUCCGCCACAACCAGUGCUCGAGACCCAGACUGAGAAACCUAUCCAAAACGAGGAGGAGGAAGCACCGCCACACGAACUGACAGAGGAGGAAAAGCUCCAGAUCCUGCACUCUGAGGAGUUUGUGACUUUCUUCGACCACAGCACUCGCAUUGUAGAAAGAGCUCUGUCUGAGCACGUGGACGUCUUCUUUGACUACAGCGGCCGUGACCUGGAGGAGAAAGAGGGUGAAAUCCAGGCAGGAGCGAAGCUCUCUCUCAACAGGCACUUCAUGGACGAGCGCUGGUCCAAGCACCGAGUCAUUACCUGCCUGGACUGGUCCCCUCAGUAUCCUGAACUUCUGGUUGCCUCAUACAACAACAAUGAGGACGCUCCUCAUGAGCCAGAUGGUGUGGCCUUGGUGUGGAAUAUGAAGUACAAGAAAACUACCCCGGAAUACGUCUUCCACUGCCAGUCUGCCGUUAUGUCCGCCACGUUUGCCAAGUUCCACCCUAAUGUCGUGGUUGGGGGCACCUACUCCGGACAGAUAGUGCUGUGGGACAACAGGAGCAACAAGAGGACCCCAGUGCAACGGACUCCCCUGUCAGCGGCAGCCCACACGCACCCGGUGUACUGUGUUAACGUGGUCGGCACCCAGAACGCGCAUAAUUUGAUCAGCAUCUCCACUGACGGCAAGAUGUGCUCCUGGAGCCUGGACAUGCUGUCUCAGCCACAGGACAGCAUGGAGCUGGUGUUUAAACAGUCCAAAGCUGUAGCUGUCACCUCCAUGUCCUUCCCUCUUGGAGAUGUCAACAACUUCGUGGUGGGCAGCGAGGACGGCUCCGUCUACAUGUCGUGUCGUCAUGGAAGCAAAGCAGGGAUCAGUGAGAUGUUUGAGGGUCACCACGGGCCCAUUACUGGGAUUCACUGCCACACGGCUGCGGGGCCGCUGGACUUCUCCCAUCUGUUCGUUACCUCCUCGUUUGACUGGACCGUCAAGCUCUGGAGCACCAAGAACAACAAGCCGCUGUACUCGUUUGAGGACAACUCAGAUUAUGUGUACGACGUCAUGUGGUCCCCGACUCACCCUGCGCUGUUUGCUUGUGUGGAUGGAGUGGGCCAUCUUGACCUGUGGAACCUCAACAACGACACCGAGGUGCCCACAGCCAGCGUCACAGUCGAGGGUAACCCGGCCCUCAACAGGGUCAGAUGGACUCAUUCUGGCAGAGAGAUCGCCGUGGGGGAUUCUGACGGGCAGGUCCUCGUCUAUGACGUCGGAGAGCAAACCGCUGUGCCACGGAACGACGAAUGGACCCGCUUUGUUCGCACGCUGGCUGAGAUCAACGAGAACAGGGAUGAUGCAGAGGAACUGGCGGCUCAGCGCCUGCCCGCCUGAUCUAGUCUCCAUGGACAUGACAUUACAGGGACCAGAGGCGGGCUAGUUCAUAUCGACCCUGCUCUGACGGAUGCAGAAGACUCGGUGGCAACGCAACUAGAGGAAAAGAUGAGAUUUUGGUGGCAAUGUCAAGGAGUAUAGAAGUAUUUCUUUGUAAACAUUGUAGUUACACCUAGCGCCCCUAUUUUCUUUAGAAAACUGCCUUCUCGAUUGACUCUUCCAGAGCCGGUCUUUUGUGGGCUGAGAUGAGCAACAGGGCUGUCAACCUCAGACACCACCAGACAUUAAGCCAUACUCCGAAAUAGACACCAAUUGUUAUUUUUGUUUCAGCCAGGUGCCUUAAAAUUCAAUUUUAAACUCAAGUAAGUGAUCCCAUCUGUCUUAAAUCCAUAUUACAGCCUCGUUUCACCAAUCACUCAACUGUCUCAGUUCAGAUACGUUAACCAAUCAUCGCUGCUCAUUGACGUUUAAAGUCGUAGUAAAUCUCUCACGUCCUUACUACACCCAAGAAUGUAAACAUCUCGACUGUAGCUCGUUUUUUUUUUCUACACACCUUGAACCUGGAGGAUCCAAUUUACUUGUUUAUAAAGUUAUGAAAGCAACUUUUCCUUAAUGCAGAUCUUUGUACAACUGUAACGCUCUUAAAUCAGGUUUGCCACUUAGUUCAUCAGUCCGUCUCGUUAACGUUGGAGCACUGAAGGAAGCGAGACCGCACGCCACGCGUGCACAGCGGUUGUCGCGGCGCCUGCGCCGCAACCCGAACGUUUCAUCUCCGUCAUUCAGAGUCUCGCUAAACUUUGUGUCAAAUUUGAGAUUGUAAUUUUCACACAAUAAAUUUAAAAAAAAAUCCCAAGAGUUCGGAUGAUUUAUUU